CAGCGAGUUCACACAGGAGAGAAAUCUCACUGCUGCUCUGACUGUGGGAAAAUAUUCAACUCUUCACUAGGCCUUAAAAUACAUCAAAGAAUUCACACAGGAGAGAAACCUUUUGGCUGUGAUCAAUGUGGGAAGAGUUUUAUUCGGCUACAAACUCUGAAAUCACACCAGAGGAUACACACUGGAGAGAAACCUUUUGGCUGUGAUCAAUGUGGGAAGGGUUUUACUCAGCUAAACAGCCUGAUAGUACACCAGCGGACACACACAGGAGAGAAAUCUUAUGGCUGUAAUCAAUGUGGGAAAAGUUUUACGACAUCUAGCUAUCUAACUAUACACAAGAGAACACACACAGGAGAGAAACCAUAUAGCUGUAAUCAAUGUGGGAAGAGUUUUACUCAGCUAAACAGCCUGAUAGUACACCAGCGGACACACACAGGAGAUAAACCUUAUGUCUGUGAUCAAUGUGUAAAGAGUUUUAGUACGUUUGGCUGUCUGACGGCACACCAGAGGGCACACACAGGAGAGAAACCUUAUAGCUGUGAUCAGUGUGGGAAGAGUUUUACUACAUCUAGCUGUCUAACUAAACACCAGAGAACACACACAGGACAGAAACCUUAUAGCUGUGAUCAGUGUGGGAAGAGAUACUCUGAUAAAAGAUCUCUGAUCAAACAUCAGAAACUACAUGAAGGAGUUGUUUCAUGA